AUGGGCCGUACGUGCAGCUUCAGCAGUCUGGUAGCAGAUAGUCCCUUUCUCAUAAAAAGACCACCACAGUGUGACAGCCAGAACUGUCCUGUGGUUUCUAUAGAAAUGACUGCUACCAAAAAGGUACUAAAGCCUCUUAAAGCAAAAGCCACCAGCGGUGAUGAGGUGCAUAGCUAUGACAGUUCAGAACAGGAAAAAACCUGUUCUACAGACCUAAGGUCUCAGCUUCCAUCCAGGGAACAUUCACAGUGGACCACUGAUGCAGUGGAACACAGUAACAUCAAUACAGGGGAACACUGCUAUAUUGAUACAGAGGAACAUCACAGCAUUGAUACAGAGGAGCACUGUGGCAUCAAUACAGAGGAACACAGUUACAUCGAGACAGUGGAACACUGCUAUACUGAUACAGAGAAACAUUAUGAAACUGAUAGGGUGGAACACUGUGGUGCUGUGAAGAGGAGUCGCACACUGAUUCUUGUUACAUCAUUGAUUAACCUUGAAGUUAUAGUUCUUCAAUUUAAUGAAACUACAAAGGAAACAACAGAAAAACCUGCAGAAUCUCAUGCAACUACAGGGUACCUCAUGCCUAGAAAGACUGCAAGAAAAAUCAAAGACUUAUUUCCUAGUGGGAGCCUGAGCAGUAGCACUAUACUGGUUCUGGUGAACGCAGUGUAUUUCAAAGGACAAUGGAAUCACAAAUUUGAUGAAAAGCAAACCACAGAAGAAAAGUUUUGGCUGAACAAGAAUACAAGUAAAUCUGUCCAGAUGAUGAAGCCAAGAAACAAAUUUAACUUCAUCUUUCUAAAGAAUGUGCAGGCCAAGAUUGUGGAAAUACCAUACCAAGGCAAAGAACUAAGUAUGUUCAUCCUGCUGCCAGUGGAGAUUGAUGGUCUGAAGAAGCUUGAAGAACAACUCACUGCUGACAAGUUGCUAGAGUGGACGAACCCAGAGAACAUGCACAUGACCAACGUGUAUUUAUCUUUGCCUCAGUUCAAGCUGGAAGAGAAGUAUGACCUCCCAGGUCCAUUGGAACACAUGGGGAUGGUGGACGCCUUCAAUCCACAGAAGGCUGACUUCUCAGGCAUGAGCAGCACUCAAGGUCUCGUGGUGUCUAACGUUUUACACAAGUCCUUUGUGGAGGUAAAUGAAGAGGGGACAGAAGCUGCUACUGCCUCGAGAGUGAAAUCUCACUUAUUAUCUGCACCAGUGCCCAAAGAUUUCUCUUGUAAUCAAGCUUUCCAAUUCAUGAUGAAGCAAAACAAAACCAACAUCAUCCUCUUCCUUGGCAGAAUGUCUUCCUCUUAA